AUUUACUCAAACUAAGCAUGGAGAAGUUGAGCUAUCAAAUUCAUCCAAAAAUCCAUUGUAAAGAAUAUGAAAACAACUUUGAAUUUCUUUCUCCAGAGAAAAGGACUAGAUUGGGAGUAAUUCAGGUGAUUCUGAAGUUAAUAGGAUUCGAAAUAGAAGAAGAAUGAUACCUAAUCGGCCGUCUAGAGAUUGUAAAAUCCCAGACUUACUUGAAUAAACUUGUCUCCCAGAUCCCUUGGAUUACUUACAGGAAAGGCAUGAAGUCAAUUAAUGGCUACAAGUCUGAUGAAGGAUGGGGAUGCAUGAUCCGUGUUGCUCAAAUGAUGUGUGCUCACGCCUUUGUGAAGCAUAAUCAGUACCGAUUUAACGAAUUUACGAUCCAGCAGCAUUUUGAGACUAUCCUCCCUCUAUUCUUAGAUAACGGUGAAGAUUUUGAAGCUCCUAUGAGCAUCCGGAACAUUUUGAAAGUGGGCAAGGAAAUUAUUGACAAAGGACCAGGCCAGUGGUACGGAGCUCACUCUAUAUCUCAGGUCAUGAAAGAAGUGCAUUUAAUGUAUAACACUCAUAUUGAGAAAACCUUGGGUUUUGUAACUUUUAACGAAGGAGUUGUGUAUAAAUCUGAUCUUAUAAACGAAGAUCCUGAGAAUGAUAGGUCAUUUUUGAUCUCUAUACCCCUAAGAGUAGGGCUAGAGAAGGUAGAUAAAGCAUAUAUCCCUCAAUUGAAAGAAGUCCUUCUCUAUCCUGACUGAAUAGGCAUUCUUGGAGGGAAAAGACAUGCAGCAAUGUACUAUAUCGGUUUCAAUAGGUCUGGUGUCCUAACUCUUGAUCCCCACACGACUCAAAAGUGAGUAAAUGAGAUAACUGAGGAGACGUUAAAGACAUAUCGCACUAUAAAACAUAAGCAUCUUAAAUGGCAUCAACUUGAUACCACAAUGGCCUUCUGCUUCUACCUGAAUAAUGAAGAAAGUGUGGAAAAGUUUAUUCAAACAAUUAGCUUAUGGAAAGAGCUAUUCCCUGAUGAUUAUCUCAUCGGGCUCAGAGAUUCUAAAGCACCUAUGCCGAUCGAUAUAGAAGGUGAAAUCGAAGAUGACUUUGAAAUACUAUAA